GUCCGAUUGUCUGGUAUCAGAAAUUUGAAUAUGCAGUGGCGCAUUGGCUUCAGAAAGCUACGGAGCAUGUACUUGGGUGCGUUUUGUGUUCCCCUGGCUGUUUCAGUCUUUUUCGAGGAUCAGCUCUUAUGGAUGAUAAUGUUAUGAAGAAAUAUACACAUCUACCAUCAGAAGCCUCUCAGAUAUUGAUGUACGAUCUAGGGGAAGAUCGCUGGCUCUGUACUCUGCUUUUACAACAAGGAUACAGAGUUGACUAUGCUGCCGGUGCUGAUGCAUAUACUUAUGCCCCAGAGAGCUUUAAUGAAUAUUUCAACCAAAGGAAAAGAUGGACACCCUCCACGCUUGCCAAUAUUAUGGCUCUACUGCAAGAUGGCAAAAAUACAGUAGAGGCUAAUCCGAAUAUAAGUUGGCUUUAUAUGGCCUAUCAAGGUUCAUUGAUGGUUGCGACACUUAUAGGUCCAGCAACAAUUCUUAUGAUGAUUGCCGGCGCUUUUGUUGCUGUAUUUGGUUUGGAUCUUAUGAUGUCAUAUAUCGCCUCCUUACUUCCGGCUGUUGCAUAUUUCAUCAUAUGUCUCACAUUUCGAUUAAAUGUUCAGCUAGUGAUAGCUCAAAUCCUCAGCGGAUUUUACGUUUUAAUUAUGAUGGUCGUUUUCGUCGGCGUUAUAAUUACAGCGGUGACAGAAUCUCCAUAUCAUCCCAGCGUCAUAUUCAUCAUGGGACUCGUAGCUAUUUUCAUAAUUGCCGCUUUACUUCAUCCAAGGGAAUGGGGCAAUAUCAUAUACGGAUUGCUUUACUAUAUACUUGUUCCGUCGGGGUUCUUACUUCUAGUCAUUUAUUCUUUGUGCAAUUUGAAUGAUAUUUCAUGGGGAACGCGAGAGAGUGGUACAGCGAAAGAGAAGGAGAAAGAAAAUAAAGGAUUAUUGUACAAAAUAUUAUCCCCCUUAACAAAGAUAAAAGAAAAUUUAUUCCAACCAAAUCCCUCAGAAAAGGACGUCCUCCUUAAGAUAUUGGCCACAAUGACCGACAUGGUUGGGUUUCGUAAGGAUUCUGCAAUUAAUCGAGCAGAGAAUGAACAUUUAGAGGAGAUAGUUACAGAGGCAACACCAAUUCAGGGUAACCAUUCACAGGAACAGACUAAAGGAGGUUCAGAAAAAGUAUUUAUGGAAAAGAUAUUUAAAGAAGAAGAACCAAACUGGGUGAACAAAGGUCCUUUUACGGGAAGAUACGUUAAAAUGAAGGAAAAAGAAAGUGAAUUUUGGAAAUCAUUUGUUGACAGAUACCUUAAACCUUUGGAAAGAGACCCUGAAAAGGAAAAUAAAGUUAAAGAACAAUUGAGGGAGUUAAGGAAUAAUGUUUGUGGAGGGAUGGCUCUUAUAAAUUUACUGUGGAUUGCUGUGAACUUCAUGUUUCAGUUACGGAGUCCUGCUGUGAUAACUUUUAAACUCCCAAUAAACACCGAGGAUGACGAAGCUGAGAAUUACGAGAUGAGAAUUGAACUCCUGGGUCUGCUGUUUAUUGGGUUUUUCCUUAUCAUUCUUAUGAUACAGUUUUGUGGCAUGAUUAUGCACAGAUGGGGUACAUUUUUGCAUCUUGUUGCCAUCACAGAACUUCCAAAUCCUUUUAAAAGAAAUGUGAAACCAGAUCUUCAUUCAAGCAUUCAUGAAACUUAUGAGCUUGCAAAAGAGGAAAAUCAGGAAAUGCAAGAAAUACCGGAAUAUGAUCGACAAGAGGAGGAAAACGAAUACUUAAGACAAAUUGAACGUUUACAAGAAACAGGAACGAGAUAUUAUUCAGACGCAUCUUCAGAUGAAGCCGCUUCACCAAAGUCAAAACGAAAGUCCACUGACUACAAUCCAAUAAACACUCGUGAAUUAUACCAUCAGUACAGACAAAACACUUUACAUCGAAUUAGAACAAAUGACGAGCAAACAAGAUACCGACGAAAUGACAGAUAUGGACAUCAUAGAUCCGUAUUUAGUGAGGUAACAAAUUAUAAUCAGCGAUAUGACUACAGUAGAAAUAGAUGGAUAGACAGAAGGACAAGCAGUUCAAAUCAAGGAGAGCAGACCAACCUUGAAAGAAGAAGAAGCAGGGACUACCAUUUAAGAGGGGGAAUAAUGGGAAGAACUCUUUCGAGAUCAUUACUGAAGUAUCAGGACGAAUAUGAAAAUAGAAGAUAACAGGUGCUAUAUCAACAAACAUUUAGUCUAUUUAAUAUAGUCUUCUUAAUUGAUAUAUCGGUAGUUCAUUCUGCUUGGAUUGCAGUUCUUUAAAAUAAUUUCUGUUUUUUUUUUUAAAUAUGUCUAAUGGAAAUAGUAAAUGAUGAA